CAGCCACCACCUUUAUGCGUUUAUUUAUUUAUUUAAAUGAAUUAUUUAGUCAAACAUUUUAAAACUGAAAAAUAUUAUUUAAGAAAAAAAUAAAAACCUUCAUUACUUGUAUGAACAACAAGUUCCAACCCAACCCAACCCUUUGGUUUUCAAUAAUGGUGUUAUUAUAAAUAAAUAUUAUCAGAUUAAUACCAGUUAUCGUUUGUUUCUUCUCCCGAAGCUUUGUUGGCGGCAAAGCAAACGUUGAUUCUCAUGGCGCCUUCGAAGUUUUUCAUCUUCGUUCUUUCCGUUGCCCUAAUUUUCUUCCUCGUUACUUCCGAAGCCGAUGUUUCAAUCGAACAACCUGAUUCCUCUGCUCUCAAGAUCCAAUUAGAUCAACUCAACUCCAAGAUCCAAUUUCUCGAGUCUCAAAUUAGUGAGAAGUCACAAGAUUUGAAGAAGAAGGAUGAAAUAAUAGCAGAAAAAGAAAAACUUUUCAAUGAUAAAUCGAGUGCCAUUCAAUCGUUGCAGAAUGAGGUUGCUUCUCUUCAGAAAAAAGGAUCAUUGGAUGCUGAGGAGCAGGUUGGAAAGGCUCAUGCACGUGCUGGUGAACUACAGAAGCAGGUGGACAAUCUUAAAAGCGAACUCAAAACUCAAAAUAAUGAGAAAGUGAACUGGGAGUCUCGGGUAGCUGAGUUAGAGAAAAAGAUUCAUGAUUUGAACUCAAAGUUAGAAGAUGUUCAAAAGGUAAAUGAGGAACAAAAGAAACAAAUCCGUAAAACUGAACGUGCUCUUAAAAUUGCCGAGGAAGAAAUGAUGAAGGCAAAGCUAGAGGCAACCACCAAAGCAAAAGAGCUGAGUGAGACUCAUGGUGCUUGGCUUCCGCCUUGGCUUGCUGUACACUACAUUCGUAGUAAGUCCUUGGUUGAGACUCAUUGGAAUGAACAUGGUAAACCUCUAUUGGAAGUGAUAACUCUAAAGGCCUUAGAGAAAAAGGCACAAGCUGGAAAGUGGGCUGAACCUCACGUGGAAACAAUUAAAACUAAAUGGGUCCCAGCUGUGAAAGAACAGUGGUCUGUGGUGAAAACAAAGACUGAACCUCAUGUGCAACUACUGACUACAAGGACUGUUGAAGUAUACAAGUCCUCAAAGGAUGCACUUGCUCCCCACAUAAGCAAGGCAAUAGAAUGUGUAGAUCCUUAUUAUCAGGAAGCUCGAAAGUUUAGCAAGCCAUACAUUGAUCAGGUCGCUGUUGCAGCAAAACCUCACGUCAUAAAAGUACAAGUUGCUUUGAGGCCCUACACAAAGAAGGUUGUUCACGCCUAUGGGAAUUUCUUGGAAUCAGCCACUGCAUAUCAUAGCCAGGUCCAAGCUACUGUCCAAGAGACACUGAAAAAGCACGAGCUCACUAGACCUCUUGCUACCAAAGAAUUGGAAUGGUUUGCGGCCUCUGCCCUUUUGGCAUUACCUAUUAUUUUACUGGCUAGAGUUUUUUCUGCCAUUUUCUGUACCAAAAAGGCAAAUAAACCAGUUCGAAGUGGAAACACCCACCAUGCACGUCGUAAAGCUAAGCGAGUUCAUUCAGACAAGUAGAUAGCAUGAAGUUGGCUCCUGUUUAAUUUUUUUGGAGAAAAGUAUAGAUGGCUGGCACAAUGGGGGUUACAUAUUCCUUUACAUGUGGGGUUUGAAUAUUUCACUUCUUUUUGAGUUAGGUACAUUUAGGACCUUUCACUGUAGAGCUGGGCGCACAAUGUGGUUCGGUGUUCAUGUAUUAUGGCGGUUAUAUUUGUCAUUAGACAGACCUGGCAAUGGUUUUUAUUGUUUUGUUUCCUUUCUUUUAUUAACUUAUCGACGUUAGUAAAAGUGUUUCCACUUCAUGUAUGUUUAUUAGAAUUAGAGCUAGUUCUGUCUACUCUGAUUGUCUGUGGAACUAGAUGUUUAUCACAUAAAGAAACAGAUUCAUAGUUAAUUUGUUGAUGGAACUUCAUGUUUUCCAUUU